CUGGUAUUAGUUUUGAUGGUUGAAAUUUUGAUGUGUUUAACUGGUAUUAGAUAUCACUUCCAAAAUUAUAUAGCAGAACCCUUUCUCUAGGGUUUUGAGCAGAACGCGGCGCGGCCACAUCAGAUCCGGCAAGAUCCUCGUCGUGGUGCAGCGUUGAGUUUGGGCGACGGCAGCGGAUCGAAACAGGCCAAGUUGAGGCGGAGUAGAUCUUGGACGGAGGGAUUAGCUACGAGGUCGGGUUUGAGUGACCCAGAGGCGACUGGUGGAGCAAUCGCUACUCUGUCGAGCGCGAGGAGGCAGACGUGACCAAGGGUCGCCGGGGUAGGUCAGCGGCGUUGCAGGUCGAGGGUGAGGAAUAGCUGAGGCUUACCAGAUCGGGCACCAAAUACAAAUUGAUGCUGGGUUUGGGUUUUUUUGCUGGUGGUGUUUUGAUCGCCGGUGCAGCUCCGGUUUGGACUGUUGCUGGAUUUUGACGAACUGGUUCUGGUGUUUUGUUGAUUGACGAGAGAUGGUGUGGUGGAAAGGUCGACCGCCGGAAACUCUGAUGUCGGCGGCGACGGCGAUAACCUGGCAAUGUGUUUGGGCUUUUGUUUCAGUAACUCGGAUCUGGGCUGAGGCCUUUGGGCCUGGGCUCCAUUCGAGUGAGCAGACUAUCAAGAACAACAAGAAGACCAACGAGUUGCUGAGCUCUGCUUUUCAAGAUCUUUCACAAAAUAUGGUGGACCCCGAAUCGCAUACAGAAAUUGAUGGCUUCACAGGGAAUCAGAGGUCCUCCUUACAGACUUAUCCAUGGAAACACGAAAGAAAUCUCCAACAUGCACAAGGAAGCCAGGAACAGACCCUUAGGUUUAUCACACAACAUAUUUGCUUAUGUUGAGCCUCAUGUUGACUCAUGGAGCAAUAUAUAUGGGAAGAAUUAUCUCCAAUGGCUCGGUUCCCGAGCUCAGUUGGUCAUUCGAGAACCUGAGUUAUGCAAACAGAUACUGAACAACAAAGAUGGAGCUUAUCCGAAAAAACCGCCUGAAGACUUUGCAAAGAAGCUAUUAGGAUAUGGCCUUGUAACAGCUGAAGCAGAAAAGUGGGUGAAAUUGCGAAAGAUUUCCAACCAUGCCUUCCAUGGAGAGAGCUUAAAAACUAUGAUUCCAGAUAUGAUAGCUGGUACUGAGAUAAUGCUUGAAAGGUGGAGAAGUCAUGAAGGAAAAGAGAUUGAGGUGUUUGAAGAAUUUAGGUUAUUCACUUCAGAUGUGAUUUCCAGAACAGCAUUUGGCAGCAGCUACUUAGAAGGACAGCACAUUUUUGAAAUGUUGAUGGAGUUGACCUUGUUAUUAUUCAAAAAUUCUCUCAAAAUCAAGGUUCCAGGUUUCAGCAAGUUUUUUGACACCAGUGAUGAAAUCGAAUCAGAGAAACUCGAGAAAGGAAUACGUGACUCCAUAAUAGAGCUUGUUAAGAAAAGAGAACGGAAGGCAACUAGUGGAGAAGAAGAUAGCUUUGGGAGUGAUUUUCUUGGAUCACUUUUAAAGGCUCAUCAUGAUGCCAAUCAGAACCAAAGGAUCUCGGUGGAUGAUUUAGUUGACGAUUGCAAGACAUUUUACUUUGCUGGACAAGAAACCACUAAUACAUUGAUUGCUUGGACUGUUUUUCUCCUAGCAGUUCAUACAGAUUGGCAAGAGGAAGCAAGAAAGGAGGUCCUACAAUUAUUUGGAAAACAGAAUCCAAAUCCAGAUGGCAUUUCCAAACUUAAAACUAUGAGUAUGAUCCUCAAUGAGACUCUAAGGUUAUAUCCUCCUAUUGUUGCUAUUCCACGGAACACUGGAAGGGAAGUUAGACUAGGAAAGCUCAUUGUCCCUGCUAAUGUUGAUCUGCUCGUCUCAGUUCUAGCACCGCACCAUGAACCUCAAUUUUGGGGACCAGAUGUGCAUCUUUUCAAGCCUGAGAGAUUCUCAGGGGGGGUUGCAAAAGCUACUAUUAACCAUGUAGGUGCUUUUGUGCCGUUUGGACUGGGACCUCGAACUUGUGUGGGCAUGAACUUUGCAACCACUGAAGCUAAGAUUGCCUUGUCGAUGAUUCUACAACGCUACUCCUUCACUCUCUCCCCGGCUUAUAUCCACUCCCCUACUCACAAAAUCACACUUCGGCCACAACAUGGACUUCAAGUAUUGCUACAACCAUUGUGAAUAUCGAAGCUCAGAUGCUAAACUACUCAUCUGUGAGAAUUCCCGCAAAAUAAAGAAAACAAGUGGAAGAAGAAAAAUAAGAAGCACGAUACAGAAUCUAAUAGGAUUUUGAGACACAUGAAUUUUGUUAUUCUUCUUCCUUGAUUGUGUUUAAUUAGCUCUGUUUCAAUGCUUUCAAUUGUAAGUUUGUAACCAUCAAUAAUCUGUCCCAAAGCUCUUCAAAGUUUCGUUUUAUAUAUGGAAGAGGGA